GAUUAUUUAAUUUUUUUUAAAUAUUUUUAAAACUCAACUUUUAUCAACGAUUAUAUUAAUUAAUGGCUGGUCUUGUAAAUUAUAGUGAUUCUGAAGAUACAGAAGAGUGUUCUGAGGAAGAUGCACGUAAAUCUGUUAAACGAAAGGAAUUAGAUGGCGUAUCUGAUUCUUCUUUUUUUCCUAUUUUAACAAAAGAAAAUAUUUUGAAACUUCCAAAAAUUGAUAAGGAAUAUGAACUCGAAGAUACAAAAAAAUCUCUUUUUUUAAAUAACGAUGUUAUGGGUGAACAUGUUUCACUUUCUUCAUUGCUUCCAGCGCCUAAAAAUGAUUUAAAAAUGGCUCGGUCAUCAAGAAAUAAUGGAACAAAAAAAUUGAAUAUAAAAAUUGAAAAUAAGCAUAAUUCAGUGAUUAAAAAUACUAUUUCUAAGGAUGGGAAUAUGAAAAAUGAUUCUACUCAGUCAGAUAUCCCUUUAUUUUCAUUAGAUAUAGAAAAAUCAAAUGUAAAUGAAUAUGAGCAAACUAUGUUAAAUUCUUCAUCUUAUAUACCAAUGCUAGUUAAAAAACAAACCCUUUUGGAUAAAAAACGUAAUGAUAGUAUUGAAGAUGUAAAAUUAAGUGAAAAAAAACAGCAAAAUGUUCAUUGCAGUGAAAUAUAUCGUGUUGACAAAGAUAUAGAUGUUUCAGAAUAUACUUAUUCAUUAACUGAAGAGAAAAAUCAAAUUUCUCGUAAAGAAAAAGAUGUUGAAUCCAUGAGGAUUUAUGGAAAACGUAGAUCAGAACAAGGACCCGUUAAAUUUUUAGAAGUUAAUGCAGAAGAAGAGUAUAAUACAAAUGAAAUUAUGAAGAGAAAGGGCAUAUUGGUAGAAGCUCCACAACCUAUACGAGCAAUAGGUGCCGGAAGACAUCAAAUUACAACUUUACUUAACUCUGCUAUAUCCCAAAGAGAAGUUUUCGAGGAGACAUUUGCUGCAAAUAAAGAGAGCAAAAGGCAAUCUGGAAAAAAAUAUGGAUUUUAAUAACUAUAGAAUAAUUCUUUUUUACGAUUUAUGUCAUUGG